AUGAGUGAUGAUGAGGAUUUUUAUGCGCCCGAAGGUGCAAAAGCAGAGAUCGAGCAGGGGCAAUCCGAGGCCGCCCAAGAACCAGACCCCAAACCCAUACAGGAAGACGAAGAUCUAGAAGAGGGCGAGGAGGAGGAUGAGGGGGAUGAAGAGGGCAGUGAUUCGGACAUAGAUAUUAUCACGGAGAGAAAAGAUGGUAGCAAACCUGCCCCUGCUCCUCAGUCGAAAUACAAUAAUAUUCGAGAUUUACCUCAAAGAACCACCUCGGGCGAUGCGCCUGCUAAACCUGCUGCCGGCAAGAAGCAAUCCAAGGACAAGGCCACUCCAACAGUCUCUGGGGCAGAUUUACCUGGUGUAUCAACCUCUAAAAUCGAUGUUGACGCAAAGCCAGUCUACGAGCCUGCGGGGAAGCGCAUUACACAAAUCAAUAUUGACGAAGGCAAGUCUUUUGAUUUAAAUGAGAACGAGAAGCCAUGGCGUCGGCCUGGUACAGACGUCAGCGACUACUUCAACUACGGUUUCGACGAAUUUACGUGGGCUCUAUAUGCAAGCAAACAAGAGGCGAUACGGUCGGAAUUCAACCAAGACAAAAUCGCGCAAAACCAGAAGAAGAUGUUCGAUGAUAUGAACCUCAUGGUUAUGGGAGGUAUGCCUGGCAUGUCUGGAAUGCCUGCUGGUGCGGGAGGAGCUAUGCCGUCAAUGGAAGGCAUAACGCCAGAGAUGCAGACGGCUAUGAUGCAAAUGAUGGGUUCGGGAAUGGAUCCGAGUCAAAUGGAUCCAGCUGCGAUGUUUGCUGCUAUGCAAGGCGGUGCCAAUGCAGGAGGCAAUGGAGGCGCUCAAGGUGGGAAUCAAGGCCAGGGCUUUGGAGGCCAGGGGGGUUUUGGACAAGGCCAAGGCCAGCAGAUGGACUAUGGCUAUGGUCAGGGUCAAGGAGGUAACAAUCGUGGCGGAAACUUUGGCAGAGGGAGGGGAGGCCGGAGGAAUUGGUGA